UCAUCACAAUUUCUACAAAAUCUCUUCGUGCAUCCAUAUAUGAGAUCAUUCAGGAAAUAACUGUCCCAAGAGUUGUACUAAUUCAAGAACACCAACAAGUAUAUGAAUAUGAGUAAAAAUAUGCUAAGCGGGGAGACAGAAAUAUCAGCCCCAGAUAUGCUUGAUUCUUUUCAAAUAUUUCCAUGAUGUAGAAAGCAGUGAUAUUUCAUGGCAAUGCCAAAGAGAAACAAAUCCAUCAGUGAGAGUUGGGGAAGAAAUGUUGAUUGUAGCGUCUCUCCUGAAGUUAUAUUCUGACUCAUCAGGAUUUAAUAUAUCAUAAAACUGUCAUGUUAUUAAUAGAACUUUUAUCUAAAUUGAAUCAUCUUUUUUAUGGUGCAACAUUUCUAGAUUUUGCACACUGACCACUCAUGUAUUAACCCAGAGAUACACCCACACGUGCAUCUUUGGUCUUGUUGCAACAAUCACUAUACUUCUCUGCAGUUCUCUACUGACCCUCUGGGAUGGCAAAUGGGCUAAAUAUAUUAAUGGAAUCACAUGUAUAGCAUAGCUUUCAUUUACAUACACUUGUGUUGCAAGACGUAUGUAAUCUUAAAGAAGCAUCACAUUUGAAAUCAUAAUGCUGGUUUUGUUGGAUUUGCUAGUAUUGAAGAUUCAUUAUCUGCCCUUAUCUGCCUAGCUGUCCCUUAGAACUGGCAAAUUGAUUUGGAAGAACUUGACAAAUUCUGGUGGAUGAGAUGAUGAUUGCCUCAUCAGCACAGCACAACUAACUCUUUGAAUGGUGUCGCUUCGUUAUUCAGAUCCAGCUCCUCUUAUUGAUGUAGAAACACAGACAUGCUUCCCAGGGCCUCUCCAGGACUUCCUCCUAGACUGGCACUUUGUCCAGGGGUGCUGGGUGCCGGUUGCUACAGUCAGUUUUCUGUAUCUCUCAUGCCAUCUGAGGGUCGUUUGUAUUUUUACAGCCCAAAUACGGUACCUGCAAAACGUAUGGUACCCUCACUCUUACCCUGCCCUGAACCUUAACCCUUAAGGAGUAAAUAAUGAAAUAUAUGGGGAGUAAUUACAUAAGCCAGAAUGAAAUUUAAUAGCUUCUAAAGGUCAUUUAGUUUUGAUCUGCCCCUUGCCUUAUCCCAGCCUCAUUCGUCAUUUGGAGUUUGCCUCUCAACACGUGAUUCAAAACCCCCUUUGAAAAAUAACAGCCUAAAAAAAGGUUGUGAAAGCUCUUAGACAUCCUCAGUUACUGUGCUAUCUGAAGCAAGUUACUUUAGCUUGAUACUGAUCUGACUUACUAUUUUAAACUUUCCUCUCUCCGGCUGUAAUCCUUUUAUUAAAAAAAAAACACCUCCACUUACAAAGAAAAAGGUGUACUUUUUGGCACCGAUGAGAGCCAAUUGGACAAUAAAAGUAACAUUUACUUUAGUCCUUACUGGUCCUAUUUCUUCUUUCAAUUUGCACCUCACCUUUCUUCUAGAAGGCACUCAAGAUAGCUAACAAGAAAAAAAUGGAAACAUAAACAAUAUCUGAUAUAAACAGUUAGCAAUGUUAUAACUAAUUCUAACUAAAAAGACGUGGCAAAGAGAAUGGUGAAACAUCCUAUUCCAAUAGAUUUGGACACUGAAAGUGCUAAGGAAAAUGAGCUGAUGUCAGCCCAAUAAGGUAGACCAGACUCAGAAACCAAUGCCAUAUUGUAACAGGUACAGAAACAGAAUCUUGCAAGUCUGGAUGUGUCCCUUGGGCCCUUCACUUUAUAUGUCUAUGAAUUCAGAAGGGAUUUAUCUGAUAUUUGUUUCACAUUAUUUGCUUGGCCUGGGCUCAAAACUCUUUUAUUUGUCCACAGCCUCUUCCUCCUGUUCUUCAAGGCCAUUCUCUGUGUCGUCUAAACCUGUCAAUUGAGGUUACGGGUAGAAACAAUUAAAGUCCAGAAAAAUCAAAUGCUAAGGAACCAAUCGGCAGCUUCUUCACAUGUUCUAAUAGAAUAAUACUAUGGUCAGUAGUAUUAAAAACACAGAAUUCUUCAUGUAUGAGUAGGGUCAGCGUUCCUUACAGAUCAUCCAUCAAGAUCACUGUGGUCAUUUCCAUACCAAAUUUGGAUCUAAGGAUCAGGGCCUCUGGGACUGUAGUACCAUCAAAUGCUAAAUGUGGAAUGUUGGAUUUGGGCCAAUAUUUAUUAUAUUAUUUCAGAUUCAAAUAUGGCUUUUUAGGCGAAGGUCUCACCACUGACUUUUUUAAGAAUUCAGAAAAUUCUUCCUGACAAAGGGAAUAUACAGUAAUCACAGAAAUCACUGGAAGGAUAAAGUCCUUAGACCGCUGAUCUACAAGAUCAAGAUACCUUCUCACUCAAAUAGAAAACUCAAAACAGGGGAGAUGGACAUCAGGCCUUUGUUGAUUUCACAUGGUUUUUAAUCCAUAAAGAAUUAUGCAAACUAUUCAUAAUAUUAGCAGAAUAUCUAUUGGGAUCAUUAAAGAUAUAUGUAUCCAAUAGCUCUGAAAAACUCCAUUCAAUAAAUUUCUGCGGACACAAAGGAGAAAACCAUAACUUGUUUUCUUCUCCAAUUACCAGAUGCAUAAUAUGUAUCUGAUUCUCUAUAAUGGCUCCAAAGGAUGACAAUUCUCAUGCACUUUUAGUUUUUGAUCAGAUUUCCUUUGGCACUUCUCUUAUAUCUCCUGGUACUGCCAUCCAACUGCAUGAUCUGACCCAUUUCACAUGGGAAAUUUAUAUUCUUCCAGGAAGCAUCUUUUGUCAUGAGAAUAAUCUUUUGUUGUAUCUCUGAAAUUGUCAUUCUUCACAUGCUGCAUGGAUCAGAACUGAGAAAGACUGAUGUCUAAGUCUCUGGAAAACUCUACCAAUUAAGGUAGAGCAGCUGUUGCAAACACUGUUCCCAUGUCAUGUGUUGAACUAUAAUUCCCAUUCUGUAUGCACCUAGAGAUGGUGGGAGUUGUAAUCCAACACAGCUGUAAUGGACCCACAUUCAGAAGACUGUAGUCGAUAACAAUUAUUUAUCCACAGUCUAAUUCAAUACUAAGGCAACUUCCUAAAAAUCUAUGUCACCUUGAGGCAGUAUUGUGCUGGUAUUCAUACUGUCAGUUUUGCGGUACUUCGGAAUCUAGUCUGGACCCUGGAUGUAAUUUCACACAUCUCAAAAGUGCUUGCUCUUUGUAAUUGCAUUAUCUGAAAUGUUACUUUAAGAACUCUGAAUUUAGAAAAUUCUUUGUGAGCAUUUACUGUACAUCGUAAACCUGCUAAAAAAUCAAUAAAAACAAAACUGGCCUGUCAGUUUUGGCUGAAUGAGGAUUUUACACUUAUGUAUAGGAAUCAGUUCUGAACCCUUAAAAAGCAUGGCUGCCUUUAAAAUGAAGACAUUCCCAUGACCCAAUUUCUAUUUAAGGGUUUUAUUUCUAUUUAAAGAUCAUAAAUAUGAGAGGUUAAUAUCGUGAAGGCCUGCACAAUGUUUUUCCAUCUAGAUGUAGCAUCUUAUGUCCAAAUCACAAUUUUAAAAAAUACCACUCCAAAACUGGAAGGCCCUAUUUGGUUUGUUUAGAAGUUCAGUGAAGUUUUAUAAGGGGGGGGGAGAGGGGGAGGCAGGGUACAUUCCACCAAGAUUCUCACAUGAAGGAAAAGAACUAGGUUAAAAAUAAGAAAACUGAGAGAGGGUAUAAAAGGGAUAUUUCCUAUACCCAUAGGUUAAAACAAACUGAACAACUAGGGCUGCAGCUGACAAUGAAACUCUCUCAGGAAACUUAAGUCUCCGGUGACAAAUAAGACUCUCAACCAAGACAGGAUGCAUAUGACCCAACCAAUGAGACAAAGGGAUAUGGGAGGCAAACAAGCUGUGCUCUAUUGUCUUAGCAUAUGCUUUUCAGACAUUUAUAGAAUUUGAGCUCACAAUGAAAUCGCCCCAUUCGUUGCUCCUUCGUGCAGCAAAGAUGGGGAUUCUCCAGCAGGUAUUUUGGCAGCUGCUGCUUUUGGGACUGACAGCUCAGCUCAGUGAAGAGGUAGAAGCUUUGUGUUCUGGGACUACUUGCUACACACUGAAUUUAGGACGGUUCAGUUGGAUCGAAGCUCAGCAAAAGUGCAAAGACAAUGGGGGUAACCUGAUGACUCUGAAAAGCCAAGAGGAAGCUUUGCUUGUCCCACAGCUGCUCACCAAGAUGCCCAAAGGGGAAGCUGGCACAGUUACGGAGGUAAGAUUGUGGAUUGGGCUUCACCGAAAGAAAGGCAAAUGCUAUGAGAAACAUCGGCCAUUGAAGGGCUUCCGCUGGGUGACAGGAGGUGAGGACACCCAGUACUCCAAAUGGGGACAGAAACCCCGGGAAACAUGUUUGUCAAAUAUGUGUGUGACCCUUCAGGGGACUCCCUUCUCAUCUCGGGAACUGUCCUGGGUAGACAGCCUCUGUGGUAAUGCAACUGCCGGGUUGUCAGGCUUCUUGUGCAAGUUCAGUUUCCAGGGAAUGUGCCGUCCACUUAUACUGGCAGGGCCAGGUGUGGUCAGCUACAGCACCCCUUUUGGUGUAGCCACUGAUUUCCUUGAAACUGUACCCUUUGGCUCCGCAGCUGAAGUAGCAUGUGAACCCCAAGGAGAGGAGAUACCUAACACCUUCCUUGUGUGCAAGCCACAGCCAAAUAGCAAUAUCUCUGAGUGGAGCAGCCCAGGUCCAUUUUGUGCUUCACCCACUUAUGGUUGCAGCUACAACAAUGGGGGUUGUGAACAUGAGUGCCUGAAUCAGGGCAAGGGUUUGUUUCAAUGUGCAUGCCGCUCAGGAUACCAACUUAGAGGUGAUAACCUUUCCUGUGUCCCCGUGGACUACUGCAACUCCAAUCCAUGUCAAGGACAGUGUAAACCAUACCCUGGUGGUUUCCAAUGCCUCUGUGCUUCUGGUUAUAUUUUGGCUGAUGAUGAGCGGAGCUGCAUUGAUGUGAAUGAGUGUGGUGCACCUCAAAGUCCUUGUGAACAAAUAUGUGUGAAUACCAAGGGGUCCUUCACAUGUCGUUGCAACCUAGGCUAUAUGUCUGCUGAGUCUGACCACCAGGCAUGCCAAGACAUUGAUGAGUGUGCGAGGAACACACCAUGUGACCAGAUUUGUGUAAAUACUCAUGGCUCCUUCCACUGCUCUUGCCAGCCAGGAUACCAGUUGGAAGGUAUUAAUAGCUCUUCUUGUCUUGAUAUGGAUGAGUGUCAGGAAGACCUUUGUGAACAUACGUGCAUCAAUCAAGUUGGCAGCUACCGGUGCUCUUGUAUGGCUGGCUGGAUUUUGGCACCCAAUGGUAUCUCUUGUCUCUUGGAUCCGACAAGCAGCACCUCUUCGCCACCCACUGAGGGAGGAGAAUGGAUCCCAACAGACAUUCAUCCUGCUUCAGAGUUACCAGCCCUGCUGACUGAUCCUUCACUUCAAGCUGAGUUAGAAAGAGUCUUUGCAUCCCAGGAUUCUACCCUUCAACCAGCUGUGGUCAGCACUGCACUGGAGAACAAACCCCGGAUCAGAGAUCAGAGGAUAGAUAAGAAGAGUCAUGAUUCUAAGCAUUUUUUAUAUUAUAUCUUGGGUGGUGUGGGCGUUUUAUUCCUGGUGUCUUUUGCCCUAGGGUGGGUCAUCUACAGGAAAAUAAAAGCCAAGGAAGUCAAGAAAAAUUCUAAGAAUGUCACAGAUAAUUACUCUUGGGUAUCAGAUCAGGGAGAGACCAGGGCAGCAGGAAGCAAGGAGGGCCUGUAGUCAAUGAGGUGAUUUUGGUGUGAGAAGGAAGGAAAGGGAAGAUAUACAUUGAAACUGAAAUUAUUAAAAGCUGUACACUGAUAAUUUUUCAUGUUAACAUUUCGCAAGAGGACUACUACAACUGCAAAACUACAGGGGUGAAACUAGAAAUAAAAUCUUUUAAGAGUAAUUCUAUCAAGAUUUUAUCUCUGACAACAAUGACGGAUUUGACUUUGCAAUCCACUUUAUGUACAUGCUGGAUGGUCAGUUGAUUGUAGAUCAGCCUUCCAUUCUUGCCUAGGAAGCAAGUGGUAAUUUUUUCUAAGCAACACAUCUGCAUUUGUGUCCACCCAGUUUUCACCUUACUACUCCAGUGCCAACUUUAUAUCAAACCCUUUAAAAAAAAAAGUUAUGAACAGAAGAAAGCAUAUUUCUUAAACUAAUUCCAAUAGAACCACUGUGAUAACAGCACAAUCAAACUGUCUUUCAAAUUACUUUUGUUAAUUGUGAAGUCAUAUCCAUUUUUACCCUUGGGUUUAAGCUAAUUGUGGUCCAUAGAAAUCAGUCUGAAUGCAAUCAGAGGAAUUGGAUUCACAGAACUGAAAUUUAACUUGUCUUGAAUUGGCUGUACUUGGUUCAGUAAAAAGGUACUGCAUGCCCGCUUAGACUUCAGAUUCUGCCGUUUUGCUGCUCACCCAAAGCUUUGCUAAAUGUUAUCACAUUGUUUGGGGAUGACUCAAUCUUACUGAAGCAGAAACAGCUGCAGUGACCAGCCCAGCGUCAUCUAUGCUUUCCAUAUCAGUUCAUGGGGAGAAGGAGAAAAAUAUAGAGGCUGUUUAUGAUCCAAACAUAUUUCAUGACUGGGUACUUGAGGAAAACAGUUCUGGAGAAUGUAGCAGAAACUUUGAAACCAUUUCAAAGUUAACUGUAUUAAAGCUGAACGUUGUUCAAUAAAAUGCUUUAUGCCUCAUUCUGGCAACAUUUUAUAAAGAUGGUAAUAGCAAACGCUGCAGACUGUCUCCAUCUUGUACAUUUAGUUUUGAAAUUUCUCUUUCAAGGCUAUUUCUUUAAAAAAUAGCUUGGUCAGUCUGUGUGAUCACCCCUGGGGAGAAAGUCAAAAAUGUAAGAGGAUUUCAUUUUUUAUAUUCGAUUGGAUUUCAGUGUGCAGAGUAUAUAGACUGAAAAUGCAGGGUUGUGGUAAGGAUGAGGUUUUGUUCCCUCCAUUUAAAGAAGCUCCAUUUUCAGUUUAUGUUCUUUUUUUUCUUAGGACUUAUUAUCUCUACAGUAAUAAAAAGCUGGCUAGAUGAUUUGAGGCCAGUCGAUCUCUCACAGCUCACAACAUCAGGCUUAGGUGACAGCUAGAAAUGUGAAAUAUAUAUUCUUCUUGGCAUUUUCUCACAAGUGCAGUGUGCAUAGAGAAAGGUAGGUUAAUAGUUUAUCCAAAUCACAUUUUCUGCAGGGUUUUAAAGGCUGUAUUGUGAUUGUGAUCUUGAAUUCCAUAAAUCAGCCUUAGAACAUAUAUUCACAAACAUCUGAUGAGAUGAGUUAAAUAAAUUGUGAACAUCUCCAUAAUUCUUUCCCCCUGCAAAAAGUAUUUACAGAAGAAUUUGAUAUUAUAACAAUUUUUAGGAGUGGCAAUUUUAAUACCUGAUUUGCAGCUGCUGGCCAAGAUUUC